UAAACUUCCAGCCGAGGCUGAACAUGUGGUCCGCGGCGUUGCUAGGUGGGGUUUCAUUGGUAUAAAUACACGGCUUUCACUCCUCCCUGCUACCCGUUGUCAGUCUGGGAAAGGAAAAGGUCUGUGCUGUGACUAGGCUACAGAUACAUCCCUCACCAUGUCAUUUAUCCAGCAAUUCCUUCAGCAGACAGUCUAUCUGGGCAUGCCGGAGGACUCGAAAUACAAGGGAACAGUGACUCCUUACCCACAAUUCAGUGCAGAGGGAGACGCUGGUGUUCUAGACAAAGCCAUCAAAGUCAAAGGUGUGGAUGAGACGACCAUCAUCGAUGUGCUGGUGAAGCGGAGCAAUGCCCAGCGCCAGCAGAUCAAAGCUGCUUACACGAAGGCCGCCGGCAAGCCCCUGGAGGGAGCUCUCAAGGCGGCCCUGAAGGGGGAGCUGGAGGACGUGGUGCUGGCUCUGCUCAGGACCCCCGCCCAGUACGACGCCCAGCAGCUCAAACUCGCCAUGAAGGGACUGGGUACAGAUGAAGAUACACUGGUUGAGAUCCUUGCCUCCAGGACCAAUAGAGAAAUCAGAGACAUCAAAUUGGCUUACAAAGAAGAAUACAAAAAGGAACUGGAGGAUGACAUCAAGUCCGACACAGGCGGCGAUUUCAGGAAGGCCCUUCUUGCUCUUUGCAAGGCCAGCAAGGCUGAGGACAACAUUGUGAACGAAGACAAAGCUGACAGCGACGCCAGAGCUAUCUAUGAGGCGGGAGAGCAGAGAAAGGGCACCGACUGCUCUGUGUUCAUUGACAUCCUCACCACCAGAAGUGCUCCCCAGCUCCAAAAAAUGUUCCAGAUGUACUCCAAGUACAGCAAAGUGGAUGUGUCCAAGGCCAUCGACUUGGAGUUGAAGGGGGAUAUAGAGAACUGUCUGACUGCUGUGGUGAAAUGUGCUGGAAGCAAACCUGCCUAUUUUGCUGAAAAACUGUAUGACUCUAUGAAGGGCAAAGGAACCAGGUCUAAGAUCCUGACCAGAGUCAUGGUGAGCCGCUCUGAGAUUGAUCUGGCUAAGAUCAAGGAGGAGUACCAGAAGAAAUAUGACAAGACCCUGUAUCAGGACAUUCUAGAUGACACCCAAGGAGAUUACGAGAAGAUCCUUCUGGCCAUUUGUGGAGACAACUAACCACGCCCAUAUUGAAGAAGCUCACACAUUUUUACAUGAAAUAUCGCAUAGUGUUAAACACAGAAGCAUCUCUCGAAAUGGGAAGCUUUGUUGCCAAAUUAAAAUAAAAUCCUCUAGUGGAGACUCUGUAUAUUCUUA